AUGGUCUUCGAUGCGUCAAGCAGAGGAUCUGAAGAAGUGUCGCUGAAUGAAGCACUAAUGACGGGUCCUGUCUUGCAGGAGGAUAUCUCCUCAAUACUAAUGAGAUUCCGAACGUUCAAGUAUGCUAUAACGGCGGACAUAGCAAAAAUGUACCGUCAAAUACUCGUCAACGAAAAUCAAACAGCGUUGCAGCGCAUUGUGUGGCGAGACAGCGCAAUGGAAGAAAUUAAGACGUAUGAGUUGCUAACUCUUACAUAUGGAACUGCUCCGGCUUCGUUUUUAGCCACGAAAGUCAUUCAUCAAUUGGCUAAGCUAAAAGAAAAUCAAUAUCCGCUAGGAUUGACAAUCGCGCGAAGGGAUUUUUAUAUGGACGACCUGUUGACAGGCGCAAAUACAAAGGAAGAGGCGCUCUUAAUUCGGAACCAAGUUGCAGCAUUAUUGCGAGAAGGAGGAUUCGUUCUCCGAAAAUGGGCUUCCAACAAUUCGGAUUUAAUCAGAGACAUUCCAGGUAGUGUAAGCGAGGACAUCAUUUUAGAAUUGAAUAAAGAGCAUUCUGCCAAAACGUUGGGCAUUAAAUGGCAUCGUCUGAAAGACAUAUUUCAAUAUUCGAUCAAGGCGGCCGGCUCCGUGAUUUGUACCAAAAGGAUGAUGUUGUCAAAUAUAUCGCAGAUAUUUGACCCGCUCGGUCUGCUGGCACCUAUAAUUUUGGUGGUCAAGUUGUGGAUACAGGAAGUCUGGAAAUUACAAUUAGAAUGGGACGAAUCCAGGCAUAUUCUAGAAGACGAUGUGGAAGCAGGGAUCCAGCUUCACGGAUUUUGCGAUGCCAGCGAGAAAGCCUACGGGGCUUGCAUUUACGUAAGAAGUUUGGAUAAAAAUGGCAUGGUGCAAGUUCAUCUACUAUGUGCGAAGACUAGAAUAGCACCUCUCAAGGCAGUAUCAAUCCCAAGAUUAGAGUUAUGUGGGGCGCAACUAUUAGCUCAGUUGAUGAGUAAAGUUAAAGCAUCAUUGGAUGUCAAGAUAAAUAGUAUACAUUGUUGGACGGACGCGUCGAUUGUUCUUCAUUGGAUCAAGGCCACCAAUAAGAAGCUUCCGGUGUUCGUGGCACAUCGAGUGGGAGAGAUACACGAAUUAACAUCGGUGGAUGCCUGGAAUCACGUAGGGACAAGAGAUAACCCUGCCGAUUUAGCUUCCCGCGGCUCAGGAGUUAAAGAACUACACGGCGCGCGGUUAUGGUGGAACGGGCCUGAAUGGCUAAAGGAUCAAGCGCGGAUCGACACUCGAUUGAGUUGGGAAGAUUAUAAAGAAAUGCAGACUAUGCAAUCAAUGGAGCCAGUCAUGCUGUUGACGACUAAACACCCAGAAUUGAGUCUCGUGGACAGAUUUUCCACAUUGCAGAGGUUAACACGAGUUACGGCGACGUGCAUAAAAUUUGUUCGACUUUGUAAAAGAUCAGAGGGUGUAAAGGCCACGCAACCAUUAUCUGCCGAGGAGUUGGAAUAUGCAGCAAAAUGCAUAAUUAAAGCAGAACAGCUAUCGGCUUUUGAGUCAGAACUUAGUGCAUUGCGCAAAGGCAGGGCAAUAUCAGUUAGCAGUAGUCUAAGACAUUUGAAUCCUCUAGUAGAUGAUGAGGGCAUAUUGCGCGUUGGUGGCAGGUUGAAACGCGCUGACUUAUCUUACGGCACUAAGCAUCCGAUAGUACUACCUCAGUGCUCGAAAUUUACAAAGUUGAUUAUAUUACAUGAGCACAUAAGACAUGAUCACGCGGGUGCGGAGGCUACGCUAGCUGCGGUUAGAAGAGCAUAUUGGCCGAUUAAGGGAAGAAGUAUUACCAAGAAAUUAAUACGCGAAUGCGUCAAGUGUUUUAGGUAUAGACCGCGCAUUACUGAGCCCAUGAUGGGUGACUUACCUAGUAGUAGGGUAAAUCUUUCAAAACCAUUUUCGAAUACUGGGGUGGAUUUUUGCGGUCCUAUAUAUAUACGCGAGGGCAGGAGACGAGGAGCUAAGCGUAUUAAGGCUUAUGUAGCAAUUUUUGUUUGUAUGACUGUUAAAGCAGUUCAUUUUGAGGUUGUUUCAGAUUUAUCCACGGAUGCGUUUCUUAAUGCAUUUAAAAGGUUUAUUGCUCGCAGAGGAAAACCUACGAAUAUGUACUCUGAUAAUGGUACUAAUUUCAUUGGAGCAAACGCUGUGUUAGAGAAGGAUAAAAGCAUUUUUCAUUCAGAGCAAUCCAGAAGGAGUAUUAUAGACCAUAUAUCUCCUGAAGGAAUCAAAUGGCAUUUCAUGCCACCCAGAGCUCCCCAUUUUGGAGGUUUAUGGGAGUCCACGGUCAAGUCUUUCAAAAAUUACUUUUACAAGAUGACUACUGAAGCGGCAAUGACGUUCGACGAGGCGUCUACUCUCGUGGUCCAAAUAGAGGCGAUAUUAAAUUCGCGUCCACUGACUGCCUUAUCUGAAGAUCCUAAUGAUGUUAGUUAUUUGUCCCCAGGUCAUUUUUUAAUAGGUGACACAUUAACAUCGUAUCCUGAGCCAGACAUUACCGAGACAAAGCGGCGCAAUAAAUGGAUGUCGAAUGCUGGCCAGCAGAUAAAAGUCGGCCAAUUGGUCUUGUGUCGAGAGGAAAAUUUACCUCCGUUGAAAUGGGCCCUUGGGCGAAUACAAGAGGUGAUGCCGGGCGAUGAUAGAAUAGUAAGAACAGCGAUAGUUAAGACCGCCAAUGGAGAAUAUAAAAGGCCAGCUGUGAAAUUAUGCGUGCUGCCAAUAAACGAUUACGAGGCCGAUGCGGAAAAUGUUUAG